AUGUAUAAUAUGGCAUAUUAUCUUGCUGACGGUAUCUACCCUUCUUAUCCGACUUUCGUCAAAUCAAUUAGACUUCCUCAAAGUGAACCAGAUAACUUAUUUUCAAAAUAUCAGGAGGGAUGCCGGAAGGACAUCGAACAUGCAUUUGGGGUGUUGCAGGCUCGAUUUAAAAUCAUUUGCAAACCAACCCGUUUAUGGGACAUAGCCGAUUUGGCUCUCAUCAUGAGGUCAUGUAUCAUGUUGCAUAAUAUGAUUGUUGAGGAUGAACGAGAUACAUAUUCUCAACAUUGGACAAAUUAUGAUCAAUCUGAGGCAAGUGGGUCUGGUACACCGGAGUCAUUCUCGAUCGAGGUGCUACCUGCAUUUGCAAAUCAUGUGCGUGCUAGAUCUGUGAUGCGUGAUUCAAAUGUACAUCACGAAUUGCAAGAAGAUCUUGUCAAACAUAUAUGGGUAAAGUUUGGAAUGUUUCGUGAUUAA